AGAAAAGGUCUGGCCCUCUUUCUUCCCUCUGCUCUGGCCUCUCCAGCAGCCUGAGGUAGGGCUGAUGAGAAAGGACGUUCAGGUCACGCUCAAUGUUUCAGGUCCCAGUGAAUAAUCCUAUACCUUCCAAUUUGAAAUCAGAAGCAAAAAAGGCAGCUAAGAUUCUAAGAGAAUUCACAGAAAUAACGUCCAGAAAUGGCCCUGAUAAGCUCAUCCCUGCCCAUGUAAUUGCCAAAGCGAAGGGCCUUGCAAUUCUAUCUGUGAUUAAAGCUGGAUUUCUAGUAACUGCCAGAGGAGGCAGUGGGAUUGUAUUGGCACGCCUUCCAGAUGGAAAGUGGUCUGCACCCUCAGCCAUUGGGAUUGCUGGGCUUGGUGGAGGAUUUGAACUAGGAAUUGAGGUGUCAGAUUUGGUCAUCAUUUUGAAUUAUGACAGAGCAGUAGAAGCUUUUGCAAAAGGUGGCAACCUGACUCUUGGAGGGAAUUUCACUGUAGCUGUUGGUCCCUUAGGAAGGAAUUUAGAGGGAAAUGUUGCUCUGAGAAGCUCUGCAGCUGUCUUUACAUAUUGCAAAUCAAGAGGACUCUUUGCUGGCAUAUCUUUGGAAGGUAGCUGUUUGAUUGAAAGGAAAGAAACUAAUCGAAAAUUUUAUUGCCAAGAUAUUCGUGCUUAUGACAUUUUAUUUGGAGAUGUACCACGGCCUGCCCAAGCAGAAGAUCUUUAUGAAAUUCUUGAUUCCUUUACUGAAAAGUAUGAACUUGAAGGACAGCGAAUCAAUGCAAGAAAAGCAGCAAAGGAGCAGAGGAAGCCUCCUGCUAAAGAGUUACCUCCAAAACCUUUGUCAAGACCCCAGCAGUCCUCAGCACAGGUCCAGCCAAACUCUGAUACUCAAAAUACCAGAAAUGAAUAUAAGCUCUAUCCUGAACUUUCUGGCUAUGGUGAAAGAGUUAGCUAUUCAAAUCAACCCAUAGAAGUGACAGCACUGUAUUCUUUUCAAGGACAACAGCCAGGGGAUUUGAAUUUUCAAGCUGGAGACAAGAUCACUGUUCUAUCAAAAACAGAUUCCAAUUUUGACUGGUGGGAAGGAAAGCUUCGAGGUCAAAGUGGAAUUUUUCCAGCCAACUAUGUUACCAUGAAUUAAUGUUUGUAUUAUUUUCUUUCACAUUUACAUUUUAUUUUUUGAGAACUUCAUAAGAAUUAUUUCUACACUGGAAGUAUUUCCUGUCCAUUAUGUGAUUUUGAUGUAAGGGUAGAAAUGCUUCUUAUUCCAAAAAUUUAACUCAGCCUAUAAGAUUUUUCUCUAUAUAUAAAUAAGUGGCUGUCUUGAUAUCUUUAAAUACUUUGUACUAAUUUUAUCAUAUGUACAAU